UCAAUCAUAAUUUAUAUCUGAUUUCUUUCUAACUAAUUUUAAUUAAAGAUAUUUUAAAAUUUAUAAUGAAAUGUACUCUCAAAGGCUACCAAUGCCUUCACUAAGUAAUUAUGCACGAAUAUACAACCGGUGAGCAAUCGAAUUCCCGGCGUCAAAUUCAGCAACAAAUACAGCAGCAACAGUUUUCUACCAGUAAAAAUUCAAAAACAUCCGAUUUAAGUGAUUGCUCUAGCCGCCUAUCGGAAAUUGAAGAUAUUGAAUAUCAGAAUACGAAUACCGUGGUGAAGCGUGGUACACCUAUUUUAUUCUCAACUAAUCGUGGUCUACAUCUGCGUAUGGCAAAAGCAUUUUCCUUUGCGGCAUCUACUAACACCAAUUACAGUAAUCAGAGAAGUGGCCGUAGUGGCAGUGCAUACGAUAUUAAAUUCUGUGAUCUCGAACGUUGGAGCACAAAUCAUGCAAAUAGAGUGAGCUUGUUGGAAGACAGUGAUGUUAUUCACAAAUUUUCAGUUACUAAACCAACUCACACUGAAUGCGGUUGCAGUGCCAAACAAUGUACCACCAUGUCACAGUUUGUGAAAAAUGAGGGAAGCAAAUGUUGUAAUAUUUCAGGUAUUCCAGUAAAACGUUCUGUGGUACGAUUCAAUAAGACAUUCAGGAGAUUUGAUACGAGUAAUUAAAAAAUCUAUUUUAAUGUUACUUUGUACUGUAAAUAAUUAAU